CGUAAGCGCGGGAUUCACCGGUCGCCCGAGACACGCGCUGUGUGGUUGCUAAGGGAGCGCGAGCCCGGCCGCUUGCCGUCAGGAGGGAGCGGAGUUGAGCGCCGACAACCUCAUUCAGGGCCACUUACUUACUUCCUGAUUGAUGGACGAUGUGAGGAGAAGGCGGGUGUAGGCAUCGUCAGGGUCCCGGAGAGAACCCGGUCCAAGCGGCAGGCGACGGGGAGUGGAAUGCCGUGAGGCGGCGCCGCUGAACAUGAUCCGCCUUCAGCCCCGGGAGCACAGGCCUUUCUGGGAAGACAAGGAGUGGGGAGAGAGACGGGGUACAGGGGGAAACGUCAGCCUGAGCCCGGAGCUGCCGCCCGGGCAGCGUUUCCUUUAACCCGCCGGCCCGGCCCAGUGUCCCCGGUUCAGCGAAAAUGAUUUUUUUUCCUACUGUCUCCUCGGUUGAGCCGCUUCUCUUAAGUUUGCCUGUGUUAUGAAUGAAAUGGCAGUUCAUGGCUGCAUCCAAGACUGAGGAGUGUUCCAUAGACCCCAGUGGCAGAAACAAAACUUCACUCAACUCUAGUCCAAAAUCCUUUUAUUAUGGUCAACCACAGGAGAGCAGACCGGCUUAUUCUGUUUCCCAGCAUCCACUAUGGGAAUGGGAUGGCUAUAAUGUGAUUGUACCAGUAAGGAAACAAAAUACUUGUUCAGGAACAUCUCAGAAUGUUGCUGGUCACUCUUAUCCUUCUCUGUCAGGAGGUAAUGGCAAAUCAUUAACGUUGAGCUCGCAUGCAGGUUUUCGUUCAAAUGUUUUGAUCAGUCCUUUUGAUAGCUCGCCCAUUCAUGAUCGAAUUGGCUAUGGCUGCAGAUCCUAUCAGAGACUUGAAUCCCUGGGUUCACGAUUUAAUGGACUAGGAAGUAGAACAACAUCAAGUUCAGCGAAUAUUAAUGACUUUAUCCCCUCACUCCCCUCGAGAACAAUUUCUUGCGAAAGCUUAAUGAAACCCAAUGGUGCCAUUACUCCAAUUUCACAGCAUUAUGGUUCUCAUAGUGCUGGUCAUGAACCUCUGCUCUCGGGCAGAAAUGGCCCCAAUCAUGCAGGUAAACCUACCUCACUAUUUUGCAAACCUUUGCUGAACACAAAUGCAUUCAUGAGACCCACCAGUGCCAAAGUGCCUAUGCUCCAGAAAUGUGACAGGAAUGCCAAGUCUUUAAAUGGAAGCAAUGAAUUUGGAGACUCAGAAAGUGCAGCUAAGAACAAUGGUAUCAACACUAGGACUAUCUCUGGAAGUGCUGUUCGUGUUAACACAGAUCUUAAGUUAGAUCGAUCUUCACAUCAGAAUGAACAUUCUCAUGGUAAUUUGAAGAGUGCUAUCAAGCUAACCAAAAGUAAUGCUGGGGAUCCAGAGCUAAAGUUUACAGAAGCUAUAAGAAGGUUAUCAGAAGACCACAUCCCGAAGAAUCAUGUAAUUGAGCGAUGUGUGACAUUUUCAAAAGAAACUGAAGGCUUACCUUCCCAAGGUAUUCAUUUUCUGAAUGGCUCCGUCAGUGCUGUAGGAUUAUUGAAAAGAACUGUGCCAAAUCUCAAUCGGGAGAAAAAUAAUCUCCAAACAGUCUUAAAAGCUGAGCGACGUUGUACCAAUGUUAACUUGGAGCCUGCAGCUAAAGAGAACAGUACAUAUAAAAAUAAUCUAGUUGCUCGUACCAACAGAACUCCUGUUGGCAUUUUAUCCACCAAUAUGCACAUCCAGAAUAGUAGCCCAGUCAGUUUUGCAAGAUCUCCUGACUUGCACCAUGAGCCUGACCAAAGCAAGAAGAUGAUCUCUCUUUCUUCCCCUAAGACAAACAUUGGCUCAGUCACACUACAGAUUGCUGCCAUGCAACUCAAGUGUGCAAAAAGGGUUGAAAAAACUGUGGAAAAGCCCAAGAAUGAUGCAGGUUCUCAAGACUCUGAGCAGGAGAUGGUGGAGGAGGAGGAGGAGGAAGAAGAAGAAGAGGUUGCAGAUGGACUGGAUGAUACCAGCAGCGAGGAAUGUAAUGAAGAGUCAGAGUGUUCUACCAUUUCAGAAUCUUGUUCUACUGAAUCGACACAUGGUUUAUCUAAGGUGGCCUUCAGUGAACUCCCAGAAUCUGCUGAUGCCAGGAAUGUUUUUGAUUCUUGCUACCCACAAGCACCAGAAAGUAAAAUUCAAGCUCCUAAGCCAGCCUUGGUAAAAAGCCUAUUUCAUGAUAUGCCUCUGACGAUUUACUUUGGGACUUCGAAUGAGAAAAUUGAACUUUUGCCGUGGGAUCAACGAAGACAGAUGAAAUGGAAAAUGUCCACUGUAACGCCGAUAGUUGUGAAAAAUGCCAUUGCCAGAUCCCAUUUCAAAAUUACUAAAAGAUGUUAUGAUUGGCUGGGCUGCUGGGGCCAUCACAUGAAAUCACCGCUAUUCAAAACUCUUCGGGAAUAUCAAAAGCUGAAUCAUUUUCCAGGAUCUUUUCAAAUUGGACGCAAGGACCGCUUGUGGCGUAACUUAUUGAGAAUGCAGGUGCGAUUUGGGAAGAGGGAGUUCAAUUUUUUCCCACAGUCCUUCAUUCUUCCUCAUGACAUCAAACUGCUGAAGAAUGCCUGGGGGGCUUGCUCUGGCAAGCAGAAAUGGAUCAUCAAACCACCUGCAUCUGCCAGAGGAAUUGGCAUUCAAGUAAUUCACAGGUGGAAUCAAAUCCCGAAGAAACGACCUCUGCUGGUUCAGAAAUACUUGCACAAACCCUACCUCAUUGGCGAGAGCAAGUUUGAUUUGAGAAUUUACGUGUACGUGACCUCUUAUGAUCCUCUUCGGAUCUACGUGUUUACAGACGGCUUGGUCCGUUUUGCAAGCUGCAAGUAUUCAUCUUCCAUGAAGAGCCUUGGUAACAAGUUUAUGCACCUUACAAACUACAGUGUGAAUAAACUAAAUGCUGAGUACAAGCCCAACAGCGAUGGAAAGCUCUGUCAAGGUCAUAAAUGGAGCCUUAAGGCAUUGUGGGCGUAUCUGAGUCAGAAGGGAGUGAGGACUGACCUGUUGUGGGAACAAAUAAAGGAUGUGAUCAUCAAAACCAUAAUUGCCUCUGAGUCUUAUGUGAACAGCCAAAUACAUUUAUAUGUACGGAAUCGUUACACUUGUCACGAACUCUUUGGAUUUGACAUCAUGCUUGAUGAGAACCUGAAGCCGUGGGUUCUAGAAGUCAACAUCUCUCCAAGCUUACAUUCAAAUUCCACACUGGAUAUAACCAUUAAGGGACAGAUGAUUAGCGACCUCCUGAAUCUGGCUGGAUUCAUUAUUCCCAGUAAGGAUGAGGUAACUCCGACCAUAAAAAGCACUUCAUCUAGACCAAAGAACAAUGAGCUUACCGCUGACGAGAAAUUGAAGCGGGUUUACUACCUGAGUCAGAAAUCACCACCUAUGCGUUUCUAUUCCUCUCUGCUGGACAUUCUUACCCCAGAUGAUAUCCGGAUGUUAAUGGAAUCAGAGGAUGAGUACAAUCGACGAGGACAAUUUGAGCGGGUGUUUCCCUGCCAACAUUCAUCCCGCUAUCUCCGGUUCUUCGAACAGCCCCGUUACUUCAAUAUUUUGCUUGACUUAUGGGAGCAAAAAUAUGGUCAGAACAGAGAGGCAGGAAUUGAUGUGCUGAAAGAACUCAGUUACAGAGGGAUUCAUCUGGGACUAUCUGUUCAUCCUGCUCAUGUUUGGCACCCACCUAGAUUUAAUUUCCCUUCAAAGUCGGACCACAACAUGAAUGGAGAAUCUAAGGUCAAUCCUUCCCAAAGUCGAGAAACUGUGCCAAAAAAGAAAGUAGCUGCAAAUCGAGAACCUAAUCCUACUCUGCCACAACCAGUGGAAGUCCAGCAGUUGUCCUGACAGCAAACAGAUUAGCUGCCACCACAGCUGGAUGGUGGAGUACUUCUCAUCAUCCGAACAACACUUCUGGAAGUGAAGCUUACUGCUAAUUGCUGACAGCUUAAUCUCUCAGAUUCAUAAAUCUACCUCUGCUGAGGGAGAGGAAGUUGGGGGAGCAGGGUAUUGACCAUUUGCUGCAAGGAGGCCUUACUGCGGCCUCUGUUCACUAAGUGCAGACUUCCUUGGUCUAAGUUCCCAUUGCACACCAGCCAUUCAUCACGUUGUAAAAUGUACACGCUGCAUCAAAAGAAUCUAAGUCUUACUGAACUGCCAAACUAAAAUGUAGAAAUUUGACCAGCUGACUGACCCUGUAGCAUUUGAGUGAUGUUCAAAAAUCUAAAUUUAACGAUCCUCUGGCUGCACAACGCAAUUGCUGUCUUUUACAGUGUAGUGAAUGGCUAAACUGUUGGCAUAAGAAAUCCUAAUUAUAUCCUAAUUUUGAUCUUUUUUUCUUAAUUAAUUGAGACCUGGUGCACUGUCUUCCUAAAUUAUUUACUCCUCCAUUCUUAACUAAUUGCACUGUAUUAUGUAAAUGCUCACUGUGCUGUCCUCAUCACUGACAGUGAGUGCCUUGUUAGGUUAGAGUAUUGUUCUUUUAUAAUUAAGUCUUUAAGACCAAAAAUAGUCUUGGAGCUGAAAUUUGUCUUUAAAAUCACCUUAAUAGGAUAUAAACAACUGGAUUUUGUAUGAGAGUUCAAUCCUGAAAAGAAAAUAUGUAAACCAUUUAUUAAAUCUCUGCAGUAUUUCAUCUUGACUGCCUUGGUAUGUGUGAAUCGAUUUUUAUCAGACCGAGUGUCUGCAGAUAUGCUGGGUAACUCUUGGUUCUUGUCUAGAUAAGGGCCAGUAUUUAAGUUUUUUUAUGUAACCUGAUGCCAGAUGUUAAGUAUCCAGACCUCUUGGAGGCUAUGGUGCAGUUAAUGCAAGCAGGCCUUUUAGGUCAGAGUAUUUGUGGGUCACUCCUGAUCCAGAUCUGUGCACUUAUGCGAAAUAUGCAUACUGCUGAUCCACAGUGCACCUGCAGCAUGGAAAUGGAUGUUUCUCAUCUUUCCGCUAUAAAUUCUGUGAAUUCUGACAUAGAUAUCAAGCCUAAUUGGUUAUUUUGUGAAGAUUAGUUUAUUUCUGUUUCCCUCCAUUCCUUCCUGCCAAGUUUCUAAACACCUACCUGGAAUAGUUUUCAGACCUUUGUCAGGAGGUCCAAUCACCUGUAGUAGUUCUUACCCCUUAUCCCUUGAUGCACUUCUUUUCUGCAAGCCCCUGCAGUGUUGCUGACAGUGCUAAGUCACCUUGACUUUCUCUUUGGAGAUGAGAGGCGUGGAAUUAACAUUGAAGCUGUACUGGCCAACCCACCAUAAUGUAUUUGUAGCCAUCUGUUACAAGGUUGAAGGUAGAACUCCUUACAAAGAAAUACUCUUGUUGAUUUGACGUUUCCCAGCAAUUUAACUCUAUAUGUAGAAUUGAAUGGCAGCUGAUGAUCAGGUCUUCCCCUAAUCCUAAGGUGCCAAGUAAUGCAAGUCAGAAGAUUGCACAUCUGGAAGAAGUCUUUUAGCUUUUUGUUAAACUUUUGGGAUAUCUGCAAGUACAGCAAAUGUCUUCAGUGAAUGCUGAAAAGGUAAUGAGGGAAACAUACUAGUUGAUCAAAUGUGAAUUGCGCAAUGAGCCUGAUCCUUAUGGGGUUGAGGUUUAGUUUUCAUGCUUUUGGGUGCAGAUUUUUAUCACUUCAUAGGUGAACGGUUGAGGGCUUCAUGUCCAUUUUAGGUUUCUCAUUUCCUGGUUGUUAUUACACUCAGUCAAACAAAAAAUGUGGAAUCUUCUGUAAGGAGUGCGAAGGAAGCAUGUUUAGUCUCUUUGACAAAUUUAUUGUGUGAGACAAGAGGUUGGGGUUACCUAUAAGAAUUUUUGCUUGUUCCGCAUCAUCCUUUAACCCUUUCCUGGCAGAAUGAAAAGUAAGCUCAUCAGCAUUAAUUGCUGAAGUUCCUGAAUAAUGUUAACUUGUGCCAGCAUGCCAGCUACUGUUGACAUACACAUUAAUAGGUGGAUGACUGUACUGUCUGUUUGAGUCAUGCUGGCUCAGCUAUGUGCUGGAGUGACCUCUUUCAAUAUUUCCAUAAAUGGUGGCUGCUUCCAGUAAAUGUAGUAAUUGCCAUGAGGCUGCUCUCUCUACAGAUGAUUUCUCUAAUAAAAAAAUACAUACUUUUGAAUCAAACAAAAGAUCACAACUUUAUACUCCUCAAGCUACCUUCCACUGUAGACCUUGGCCGUGCAAUGCAAGUCAAAAGAAAAUAGUUUAUUUAAAUGAUCUUGUGCAUUCACUAGUUUUGACAUGUUUACAAGUUUGCUGUGAAUUAGGAAUGAAAAAAGUACUGAUUAUCUGUGAAAUAACAAUUGUAAGGUGAUAUCUGCUUUGUGGGAUUUCUGUUGCGCUUUAGUUUAAUGAUGGUAAGCCCAUUGUUGCAAGAACAAUUAAUGUUCUGCUUCUACUUUCUCCCUCUUUCCCCAUUUAAGGUAAUGGACAAAAUUUCAUUGUGGGAAUAAUUCAAAUAAAUUGUUUUUAAGAAACAUUUGUGUGUGUUAAAUGAUGAUACUAAAGCAACAGUGAAAAUGUUGCAUUUGCUUUAAAUCUAGCAAUCUAAAUAAUGUUAACUGAAUCCAUGUCCACUUUUUAUAUGUGUGACUGCUUUAAAUUGUAUGUGGCCUAACUGUCCAGCAUCUAUCUACUCCAAAAUAGUAAGGGAUUAUGUAAGAAAUCCUACAAGGGGUUGGGUAUCACCAAAUUUAACCCCUUUUGUAUACAGAAUUGUUUACAGGAGUGGCAGCGUGUAUAAAUUCUGGGAGUUAUUCAGUCUGUUUUUUCCACCAUGGCUUUUGUUUCUACACCACACACUCUGCUGCAGGAAUGACUCUGGCGCAGGUGGAAAUUUUCUGCCACAGCAGGCUGUGUUCUGGGGAAGAACAAAGACAAUGUGAUACAUGUUUACCGAGAAGCAAGUUUAUAAUCAUUCAAACUCUGUUCUGUCAUGAACAGACUUUUUAAUAAGUUAAUUACUAAUUGAAAAGUAUUUUGUGUAUUCUGGCACUUGUCUGCUGUCUUUGCUUACCUAUUUCUUGAAGUAUCCGAGGGUCUGAUCAAGAUUGGUUUCUAACAGUACAGAAGCUGUUGAGAGACUGCAGUUUUGAGCUGAGCAAUAAUUUAAGAAUCCUAAUAAAUAUAUC